GAUUUGUAGACAAGAAAGGAGAGAUUGCCCAACAAACUAAACCCCUUCUUUUUUUUUUUUCCUUUUUUCAAUCUUUAACCGCUAAAACAGUAAACCAUUUCUGCUAGAUUAUAGCGUUUCAAUCCAUUAUCAUCAUCUUUUAUUGGCUCAGCAUAAUUCCAAGUUGGUCAAAGUGAACUACAUUUUUUUUUCUCUAUAUAAAUCAUGCAAUUACUAUCAGCUUUUGUAUUUGAUAUGCUUUCCUAGAUUUUCUGGGAAGAAAAAUUAAUAAGGAAAGUUUUAAAAGGAGGGUUUUGGAGAUGGAUGGUGAUGCUUCUUUGUCUGGCCUUCUUUGCUUAGAAAAUGAGACUAGUUUGGAGGAAAAGGAAGGGUUAGUUGAUGAGAAUUACAUUGCUGUAUAUGAUGAAGAGUGUGUGCAGAUGUUAUUUGAUAGAGAAAUGAGUCUUGGGUUCAAAAAGAAUGAAUCCUUGGUGCUUAGUAACUGGCUCAAAUAUGCUCGUUUGGAAGCUAUCACAUGGAUUCUCAAAACAAGAGCAGUCUUUGGAUUUCGUUUCCAAACAGCUUAUUUAUCUGUCAUUUACUUUGAUCGAUUCCUUUCAAGGAGGUCCAUUGAUAGUGAAAAAUCAUGGGCAAUGCAAUUGUUGUCAAUGGCGUGUCUCUCAUUGGCUGCAAAGAUGGAGGAGAUAAAAGUUCCUGCACUUUCAGAGUUCCAGUCUGAAGAAUGCAACUUUAAAAGCAAAGUGAUUCAAAGAAUGGAGCUUCUUGUAUUGAAUACGUUGGAAUGGAGGAUGAGUUCAAUCACUCCAUUUGCCUUUCUACAUUUCUUCAUUACAAAAAUGUGCAAGGAAUCUCCACCGGGCCAUCUUGUGUCCAAGACUGUACAACUCAUUCUGGCUAUCAUGAGAGAGAUAAACUUAAUGGAACAUCGACCUUCUGUCGUUGCCGCUGCCGCAACAUUGAGGGCAUUGGAUCAGAGAUUAACAAGAAAAACAUUGGAGUGUACAAUGAAUUCUGUUUCUUACUGUGGAUUUCUUGAAAUUGAAGAUGUCUUUACAUGCUACAGUUUAAUGCAGAAACUUGAUAUACCAAAAUCUGUAAAUUCCCCAGACUUAUCACCAACACGUUUGAGGGCAAUCAAUGUUUUAGACGAUUCUUCAAGCUCUGCUGCAGUUUUCACCAAGAGAAAGAGGCUUACAUUCAAUAAAAGUGACAACAGUGGUCAUGAUAUACCUAAUGAGAAGCGGCUCUGCUAGAGAACAUCUUAGUUUUUGAGCACCAUACCGCAAUAUUUUACCUGUGGCCUGUUACUGCUAUUUGCUGGUCUCUAAUGAGUGUGUUUUUUUAUUUAUUGCUUCAUGGACAUGAUUUCGAGUUGAUUGAAUAUGUAUACUCGAGCAACAAAUACUCAGAGACAGGAGAAACAGAAAAGGAAAAAAAAAGAAAGAAAAAUGAAAAAGGAAAGCUUUGGGCAACAUAUAAAAAAGUAGAUUUUUCAUACACCAAUGCCACCAAGUGCAGAAAAAGGUCAGAAUGGUGGUACUGAAGGCUGCUGGAGAACAGUUAGUUGAAGCUU